AUGGCUACCUUCGAUGUGGACCGAUGGAUUGAAAUGAGCAAGGAUUGUAAAUACCUCCCGGAAAAUGACCUCAAGGUUUGGCCUCGUGAUUCGAUUUUUUGCGAAGUAUUUGAUGGUUUAUUCUUCUUUAAACUGUUGCUGACGCAGAAACUUUGCGAAAUUGUCAGUGAGCUGCUCCUGGAAGAAUCAAAUGUUCAACCCGUUUCAACGCCAGUGACUGUUUGCGGAGACAUUCACGGACAAUAUUAUGAUCUGGAGAAGUUGUUCUGUACAGGAGGUCAAGUUCCUGAUACUAAUUACGUUUUCAUGGGGGAUUUCGUUGACCGAGGCUAUUAUUCGUUGGAAACCUUCACGCGAUUGUUGGCACUAAAAGCGAAGUGGCCCGACAAGAUUACUUUGCUUCGCGGCAAUCACGAAAGCCGUCAAAUAACUCAAGUUUAUGGCUUUUAUGAUGAGUGCCAAAACAAGUACGGCAACGCUAAUGCUUGGAGGUAUUGUUGUCAAGUCUUCGAUUUGCUCACCGUAGCAGCUCUAAUUGACAAUGAAGUGAUGUGUGUACAUGGUGGACUAUCGCCUGAGAUAAUUAUGAUGGACCAAGUUAGGAUGAUUAAUCGGAAUCAGGAAAUUCCGCAUAAAGGAGCUUUCUGUGACCUAGUUUGGUCAGAUCCUGAGGACGUGGAUAGUUGGAAAGUCAGUCCCCGAGGUGCUGGGUGGUUGUUCGGUCAGACUGUGACUCAUGAGUUCAUUCGCGUGAAUGGGCUCAAGUUGAUCUGCCGUGCUCACCAACUUGUUCAAGAAGGGUUUAAGUACAUGUUCGACGACACAGUCGUGACGGUGUGGUCCGCACCCAAUUACUGCUACCGUUGCGGUAACGUAGCCGCCAUCCUGGCCUUCACUGCGGGCGCCGAGAGGCCCGAGGAGAAAAUUUUCGAAGCCGUGCCGGACAGCGAGCGUGUAUUUCCGUGCGACAGACGCACGCCUUACUUUUUGUGAUCGCUGCCGAGACUAUUUCGAGCUCUAAUCAAUUUUUUCUCAACGGAAGAAAGAAAAUGAAGCCUCCACGCCCUGCUCCGCUUUCGAGAGAGAAAACGAGGCUGUGCGGGCCCGGUUGCAUUCCGCGCUCGAAAGCAUGGGGAGGAUUUAAGAGAAGUUUUAGUUCCGGAUCGUGAUUGCCGUUUAAGAACCUUGGUUCUGCUUUUAUGAUCGAACAACCGGUUUUUCCGCAUCAGUUUUUUUUUUCUUGUAUUCUGCGAAAAUCUGGUCAUCUUGCAUAAAUAUGAUGGUUUUGUUUUGGGGACCCUUCUCGUCAAUUUUUCUUCCUUAGAACUUUUCCCCUCUUUUUCGAACCUUUUGCUCACGUGUGUAACUAAAAGUAUGCUUGCGUUGUCGAAGACACGUGCUUCCUCUUGGACAUUUUGAAUGAAAUGACGUACCGUAAUGCUUUCUUGGUUGGUGACAGUGCGCCGAUCUGGUAAAUGAUCUCCUAAAGUGUUAGGACGCCGUUCGGGGGAAAAUGGUUCUUUAUUUUUUUAUUUAUUCGUAAUUUAAGUCCGAGAUCAAUUGGCUCUUUUCAAAAAUUUAUUCCGGAAAAGCUGUGUGCGGGGUAUUCUGUCACGAACUUCCGGUGGAAGCGCAAUAUAGAUAAAUGCUUGUCCCUAUUGAUUGUUUGCGUUAAUCUUGAGAUCCGUGUACGGCUACUGGAGCGAGCCAAAAAGGUUUAAUUGUUAAAUCUCUUGUAUUCGCCGCUGGUGUGAUUAUGGAAGUGCAUUCCGAACAAAUUUGCGAUGGA